AUGCCGGCGGUGCUCGCAGCACGGGAUCACAGAUUCGAUCUCGUUCAAAUCGACAGCCGCACCGAACCGCCGACAAACGUCGUCGUCAUCGUCAUGCAGUACUUAAUCUUGGCAUUAGCCCUCUUCGGCUGCGCUUAUGGACAAUUCGGACCGUUCCGCGGCUUUCCCAACCAAAAUGCGUACAGACCGACGCCGAGGCCCUUCCAGCCGCAGCCAUCGGUGCAGCCGUACCAGCCGCAGUACACAUCACCGGGAAAGCCAUUCAUAGCCAUUCGAAGCCAGCAGAAGGACUCGUCGCCGGAUGGAUCUUACAGCUUCAGUUAUGAAACUGAGAAUGGAAUUUCCGUCUCCGAAAACGGAUAUCCUCAAGUCGGUCCUCAGGGUCAAACAGAGGUGGUCCAAGGCAGAUACUCGUACCCCGCGCCCGACGGCACCCCCAUCACCGUUGAGUACACGGCCGACGAGAACGGUUUCCACGCGCAGGGUGCUCAUAUCCCGACGCCGCCGCCCAUCCCAGAGGCCAUCCGAAGGGCGCUCGCGGCGAAUCCACCCGGUCCCGACGAUUCCAAGUACGACCAACCGCAGCCCUUCCAACAAAGAUUCGGACCGUCGUAUAACGCCAUCAGUCCCUUCCGGAGAUUCUAGUUUCGCCGUGGCACCCACCUCGAUCGUAUAAAAACUCCCUCCCCUUUCCCCCGUGAAAUAUGCACCGAAGACCAGCGCACAGCCGGACGAAUCCAUCGGAGGGAGGCUUGGCCAAGUAUCGACCGACUGUUACGGAUCACCUUCGCUCGGUCUCUAACCGGAAGUGAUACGUGUACAUAUAGGACACAGUACGACGGGCAACAACAACAACAACAACGAAUAUCGGAAACCCCUACAGCAACAUAA